UUCGCACGAUUGAAUGACUGUCAAGUUUCUGAAACAAUACAAGUUGUUAGAAUUAUGCAUCCGAGAUGAAAAGAACGUAAUUUUGUAAAGCACGAGUCCGACACGAGGGCAACAAUUGGCGUCAAACAAACAUUUCUUUUGUGACGAUUCUGGAGACAAAGGACGAGGAAAUUGAAAGCUUUCUCCUACUGGUAUAAACUGAGAACAAUAAGGCUAAUCUGAAUUUCAUUUUCUUUGACGGACGAUCAGCCUUUGUUUAUAAGCCGUUCUUUCAAAAAAGCCCUUUAUUUUGGUUGGACGGUACCUGAUAAACUCCCGGCACAAUGGAUGGUACAAACGUGUUCUACGAUUUCAAAGACGAUCAAGGAGCGACGGAUGCUCUUCAAAAGAUGAACGAUUUUCGCCUUGAGAAGAGUUUUUGUGAUGUGGUUCUCUCGACAGACGAUGGAGAAGAAUUCCACGCUCACCGCCUUGUUUUGGCUUCUGUUAGCGCCUACUUCCGAGCGAUGUUUCUGACGGAUAUGAAAGAAAGCCAUCAAAAAAAUAUAACAAUAAGAGGAGUUGAGUCGCCAGCUUUGAGAAGUUUAAUAGAUUUCGCCUACACUUCAUCAUUGGGAAUCACGUUUUCGAACAUCCAUUCAGUUCUUUCAGCGGCCAGUUUGCUUCAGUUUCCAACCGUAGAAAACGCUUGUUACGAUUUUCUCCGAAACAGUAUCAACGUCCAUAAUAGCAUCGAAAUAUGGAACUUGGCGGACCUACACGGCUGUUCAGAGCUAGUAGACCUGGCCGAAAACUUUAUUCGCGCAAAUUUUACGGCGAUUUUAAAACUGGAAGAUUUCAAUAUGUUGUCGUUAAAGCAAAUGGUGCGACUUCUUUGUCACGAUAAACUAAACGUCCCAUGCGAGAGCACCGCAUUGUUCGGUGCUCUUGAUUGGGUCAAAUACGAUUUGGCCAAUAGACUUGUAAAUCUCGAGGAAUUACUGGAGCAUGUCCGAUUUCCUUUGAUGACGCGAAAAUUUCUGAUGGAUACAGCGGCAAGAGAGGAGCUAAUCAUGGCUAGCGCAACCUGCAGACAGUUUGUUCUCGAGGCGAUAGACUAUCAUCUUAUUCCUGAGAGAAGAACAAAGAACCGAAUCCCCCGUGCGAUCCCUCGCGACAGGCUAAGCCGAUUACUUUACGUUGUUGGAGGCGAAGGUAGGUACUGGAAAAAAAAUACAAAAACAAAACAACAACAACAGAUGAUUAUUUUUUAAAAAAGUGUUUUAAAGUGACUGGCGUAGGUUGCAAAGAUAGAGGGAAGAUGACGAGAGUGGAUAUCUGUGCUCCGAGUUGAAAAAGGUCGAAAAACAUUUCGACCACUAAUUACACGUAACAACCUAGCCUGAGGAAAUCAGGAGGUAAUUAUCGGAUGAGAUGUAUAUUUAGCACACGCAAAUAACCGUCUAUAUGAACGCGAUCGGUUUCGUUGAUCGGAUUUUCCUAACAAUAUUCAUAUUUCUCAUUAACUAAAAGUUCUACUAAAUAAUAAAUUUUAAUCGUCAUCCUGUAAUUUUGCGUCAAAUGUUGAAUGUAACAGGAAAUCUGAUGUAUCUCGAAAGUGCACUUGACCUUGACGUUAACAGAGGCGUGUAAAGAUGAUGCAUGCCUCCUAAUCUUCUAGGUGUCGCUAUAUUUUGUCACUUUAUUCUACUGUUUAGUUUAAAUUGUUGAACAAAUUUUAAGAGGUCAUUCACGCGGCAAAAAGUUCGACAAGGUGAUCUUGGAAUGAGUGGCAUUCUUUUUGCGAAUACGUGAAUUACCACUUACAGGAUAUCGAAAUUAGAAAUGGUCGCGUGAAUGCGCACGUUGAGGCCCGUAAGCCACUUACUCACUUGAUCAAUUAUGGAAGACAGAGUCGCUUAGGGCCUGUUUACAUGGAGUGGGGGACCCCGGUCUAGUGGGGUUGGUUUCUUUUGUUUUCACGCUCUGGGGGACACAAAACAAAAGAAACUUACCCCACUAGACCGGGGUCCCCCACUCCAUGUAAACAGGGUCUAAAUUAUGCAGGGGCACCUAACGAGAAUAUAGUUCAAAACCACUUAAACAUAGCAUCGUUAAACAUAUUUUAGUAUUUAAACGGUAGAGAUAGGCAUAGUUUUAUCCCCUAAAAAUUGUUCAUCUGUUUGGAUUUCCUAGCUGAAAGUCUAGUGAUCCGAAAAUUAUAGGGAUCAAAACUUACCUUUUCGAAAAUUUCAGCCAGAAAAAAGGCUCCCGAAAAUUCUAGGUGACGUUUUAACAGUAAAAAUCCGUUAAAAAUGGGCAAUUAUAGUAGUUGUUAGAUGUUCGAAAAUCCUAGGAGAAGCAGGCAAGCAAGAAAUUUUACAACAAAUGUUCCGAAAAUUCUAGAUGUCAAAUCGUCUUCCGAACAGAUAUUUUCCGAAAAUUGUCUUUGGGUGCCCCUGAUUAUGAAACAUUAAAUUUACUACCACUUUUCUGUCAGUCGACAACUUUCGUAGAUGAGUUUUGAAAAUGACUGACUGCUCGUGAAAUCUUUUGAGAAACAGUGUAAUUUUUGAGUCUUCACGUAACCUGCGAAAACAGCCGUCUUUACUCGGUAAGUUCGUCGAUAAGGCAGCCGAUUCUAUGACCGUCCUCGCUACAGUCUUAGGCCCAGUUCAAACGUCGAAUUUCACAAGUGCCGAACUAAUUCCUAUUUUGGUCGACCAAAAUAGUUAAAUACGGCAUUUGAUUCAAACGUUGAACUCAGUCGAAUUUAACUCUAUUCGCUGUCAAUCUGUCAGUCUCUCCAAAUGAAUCAUAAUGAUUUACAAAAAUUCAUGCAUUAAGUUCGGCACAAGUGAAAUGCGAUGUUUGAAUGAAAAGUCGAACCUAAGUCGAAUCUUCGACAGUCGCAGAUACGGCAAACAUCGCAUUUAGUUUAAUAAACAGUCGAAUUUAAUUGAUUCAAAAGUCGUCAGACUAACAUUUUAACUUACCGUAUAUAUUCGAUUAAUCGUCCUCGGCGCUUAUUAAAUUUUUGGACCUUAAGAGUGGGCUCUUAUUCGAGGUGGGCACUUAUUCGAGGCUGGACGCUUAUUAACUUUUCACCAUUUUCAGCAAGUGUAGUAUGUUUAUUUUGCAACAAAACAACAAAUGCUAUAACAAAACGCGAAGAAGUAACAAAGCAAGGUUUCUGUAAAAUACUCCGAAGAAGACGCCGUCCUCGGGGAAGUCUCUUAUUACCGUAUUUAUUCGAAUAAGCGCCCAACCUCGAAUUAGCGCCCACCUCGAAUAAGCGCCCAUCCUAAAGGCAGAAAAAGUUAAUAAGCGCCCAGCCUCGAAUAAGCGCCCACCCCUCCUCCUCCCAAUCAGACUCAAAUAAGCGCUCACCCCCAACCCACCCACUUAAGUGAAUAAGUUCCAAUAAGAGACUUCCCCGAGGACGGAGUUUUCUUCAGAGUAUUUUACAGAAACCUUGCUUUGUUACUUCUUCGCGUUUUGUUAUUAGCAUUUAUUGUUUUGUUGCAAAAUAAACCUACUUCAUUUGCUGAAAAUGGUGAAAAUUUAAUAAGCGCCCAGCCUCGAAUAAGCGCCCACCUCGAAUAAGCGCCCACUCUCAAGGUCCAAAAAUUUAAUAAGCGCCCAGGGCGGUUAAUCGAAUAAAUACGGUAUAUAUAUUGUUACUUAUUCAAUUUCAAUUUUAAUCUCAUUGUCACUCACAUGGGUGGGGUGGGGGUAGGCCCUUACGGUAUUUGAAUUUGAUUGGGAGGAGGAGGGGGUGAGGGUGGGGUGUCGGGGGGGCGCUUAUUAACUUUUUCUGCCUUUAGGAUGGGCGCUAAUUCGAGGUGGGCGCUUAUUCGAGGUUGGGCGCUUAUUCAGUUACGGAAUCUUUUUUUCCAAAAACGGUAUCGGUGGACAAAAAAAUCUUCAGAUUGAAGAGGCAUACUGUCAGACCACUUUUAAACAUGUUAAAAGUACCACGCAUAUACAUUAUGUGGCGCAAACUGAGCUUUGUUGAAUUGAGCGGACAUUUUGCAACGAGCUAAGAUCUAAAAAAAAAAAGACGUACAAACUUGUCACUAAAGUAGCAACGAGGGUAGAGAGAGGGUGAGAGUCUAGUCUGCAAUUAAAACCGUAAGGUAAGGGCGAGAAGAGCUGACACCUGAGCUGACUCGUGAAGAGUCCGUUUAUGCCCUGGAAUACAUGUAAGAGAAGGGAUUACUGGAGGAAAAGGGGCUGUGUCGCAGCUGGCGAAUGGGUCAUUUUGUUUAUGAUAUCAAUUACACGCCCUCAUUCGCAACGAACCGUUCAGUGGAAAAAUUUCUUGUGAAUGACAAAAUCACAGCUGGUUGUCAAACACACAUGUCUUUCAACCAUGAUAACAAACGUUUGAAACAACAAAAACUAAAUUUGGAAAAGUCGACGAAACUUUUGGAUGAUAAGUAAUGGAUUAUUCGUGAUAGAUAACAGGAGUUUAAUAGACGCCUGUAGAUAUAUACUAUUUUCAAAGACAGGCCUGAAUUCUGAUUGAUUCUAAUACGUAUGUUCAAAUAUAGCACUCAAGGUGAUGCCCGGGGGGGGGGGGGGUACUCCCAUACAUUACCUAUACGGGUAUGUGCCGCCCAACGGGGUCGUGAUUUUGAAGCUCCUGAUUUAAUCGGGGUAUCCAUUUCAGAGGCGUUUUCUAGAACGGGGUAUAAAAAAUUGUGGAUCACGGCUUUAUCUUCUGUUUAAAACUGUUGCUGAUUAUGAUGAAGCAUUUAUUUGAUGUAUAAGUCGAACAAAUAAGGAAAUAUCUUAAAAAAACAGGGCUAUUUCAAUUUACAAACUUUCUAGGAAGAAGUAUAAAAAAUUGGCCCAUUUCUAGAACGGGGUAUCAGUUUUACGGCGAGUUCUAGAACGGGGAAUAAAAAAUUGGCCCAUUUCUAGAACGGGGUAUCAAUUUUAGGGGAAAUUUGUUUUAGAACGGGGUGCAAAUUUGGAGUCCCGGGCGGCACAUACCCACCCAAAAACUACCCAAGUGCCCCCCCGGGAGGUGAUGUUACACGAGACGAUUCGCAACGACGAUUUUUAGCGCAACACAGCGUUGCAACAUUGUUGCGACAUUGUUUCGAAUAGUUGCAAUAUUGUUCCAAUAUUUCAACGCUGUGUUGCGCUAAAAAUCGUCGUUGAGAAUCGUUCCGUGUAAGAUCACCUUUACAGUCCAAAAUCAUCGCUUGCGGAUUCGCUUGGCCAAUCAUUUUGGCCUUGUAAGAAAUCGUAAACAGGAUGUCCAAGCAAUGAUGCCGAACGUGUCUUUAAUUACUAAAAUGGUCGUAAUUUAUUAGUUGGUUGUUAUAUUUUAUGGAUUCUAGCCUUUCAGCCCUGAUGCAAAUCUAUCGACUUCCUAUAUGCGUAUAAGGAAUUUUAAUUAGCGACUUCCUAUGUGAGUAUUAGGAAUGUAAAUUAGUGGCAUGAAACAGUCAUUACGUCCCCUCAAACGAGUUUUGUACCUCCGACCAAUCAGGAAAUUUUCCAUUUUCUCUUUUAGCAUGAUUCUGAAUUGUAAGAUUAUGUGCGAAAAUAAAAGUCAGCCUUUGUGAAAUUGCGUUCCUACACAUACCCUAGUCCGAGUUGCAGCCGGCCCACGCACUUGUCUAAACCAUUUGUAUAGUUUGCACAGAAGGUCUAGAGUGUCUGUGACGCAGGUUAACAUAUGCGCGCAGGGUCUUUCAGGAUGUAAAUUACAGUAAAGCAAGACGGUAUUAUGAUAUGAACCUCCUAGUGGCUUCUUAGAAAACGGAUAUCUUUACAAGUAUGGCUUCAUUAAAUAAAGAAAAGUAUGUUAAUUUUUCCCCAACGUCAUCUGUUACGAACCAUCUUGCAAGCAAAGCAGAACACUACUAAGCCUUGGAGAGCGAUUAAGCGGAUCGAGCAGAAGUUUUUUUAAGCGUUUAAGAGUAAUUAAUCUCUUCCCCUUCUUUGACGUUAACACAUGAAAUAACCGCAGAAUCUAGGGGGGCUGCUACCAUAAUAAGCCUUGGCACCUGACAGAGCUUCUAGACCAGGGCUCAAUUCAAGCUUUUACAAGAGUAAUUUAAUACAAGUGUAUCCAUUUCAUUCAACUGACUGAAUUGACCCCAGUCCUGUUCUGAUAACACUAGGACACUCGUCGCAAAGAAAAGUGUGCAUUAACCUUGAACAAGAGGUUGCCUUGAACUAGAAGAAAUUGGGUGUAGAGAAGCGACAACCGGAAAUAUGUCUCCCACAGUCUACCUGCCAGCGUUUUCGCGUUUUUUUGCACCUUAAUUUGCAUUUUCUCUUUCCGUCCUUCAAGCAACUGCCUUCUAGGCUAGCAGGCCAGUAAGAAGUGUUAGCCGUGCACGAUAAGAGCCAAAUAAUUAGUUGCAAGAUAGAGUGAACGUUAUAACUUAGGGACCAUUAUUUAUGGCAGGGGGUCGGCUGGCAAGAAUAAGGGGGGGGGGGCACGACAAAUUCAGGACAGUCCGAGGGGGGAUCAUGAGGAAAUUGAACCUCGUUCCCAGGGCGCUUUUCCCUGGCUUUGGAGGUGGGCCCUGGGGAUUAGGUUGGAGGAAAUUGGCAUACAAGAGCGGGGGCUGUAUGAUUUUACAUUUUUGCUUUAUUUUCAAAGAAAUGCGUUUAUUGCUGUCGGCAGUAUUAAAUAGUACAUGAUUUCGAGCCUCUGAACAUUUUAUACGUCGUAAUUUAGAGGUCAUACAGAAAACAGUCACGGUAUGGAGAAAAUGGUGUCCCAAGACUGCGUCCAGAACGAGUUUGACGAAGUAACUGUACGACUGGUACCAGGCCUUCCUCUUUGGUUUCACUCUCUGAGGACUCCGCACUACUGUAAUGUGAAAUCACAAGGUCAUCGUCGCUGUCGCUUUCUUCCUCAGAAUCACUAACUUCAUUGUCUCGUAUCACAGUCCUCAUAACUGGGUCUUGCCUUGUAGCGAUAUAUGCAUUAAUUUCAUCACCUUGUUUGUUUGAAGCAUGACAGAUUAUACGUCGGCUUUUAUCAUUGUUUUUGCCUUUAAGUGAAAGGUUAAAAUGAGGAAAAUACUCAACUCUCGGACUCCGUGUUAGCUGCUGGAUUUCACCAGUGUGACACAGAAUGUCACAGUUAUAUUCCUCGAACUGUUUUUGCCGUCUUUGUUGUCUCUGUUGAUCAUCAAGCUAAAUUGCAAAGAGGGAGCUGAUCAGCGCAUUACAAAAGAAAUGUUGCAGUUAAAUGAAUUAGAGAAAUUAAUACGAGACUGGCAUACAAAGGUUGCAUUAACUAUCCGUGCUUAAAAAUGAACACCGGCACUUAAAUGCAAGAAAAUGUAUACAAGAAAUGUUAACAGAGUGGGCUUUAGAAAUAGGAACAAAGAAAAAGAGGGAACAGAGAAAGAAGAGGAAGAUGAGGAAGCAGUGGAAGGAGAGGACGAAGAGGAAGAUGAUGAGGAAGUAGAAGAAGGAUAGGACGAAGAGGGUGGAGAGGACAGAGAGGAUGGAGAUGGAGAAGAUUAAAUAAAUAUUAAUAUCAGCUUGAAUUUUGUAUCUUUGUUUGAGAUGAAUUAAUAAAUAUGUCUUUUAUUAAAGGUUGAACGUAAAUGCCUGAUUCUUUCCUCUAUGUUUUUCCGAGGAUGGGGAAGCGGGGGAGCUAUUUCUAAGUUUAAAAGUACAUUAACAGGGACAUGCCGUUUUUUUCUUUCCUGGAAGGGGUCAUAACAGCAUACUCCCUGGCACAAAUAAUGAACGGUCUUUUAGUUUAUCAAAAUUAUUUGCUGUCCUCUUGCCUUAUAACCGAAAUGUCAUUUUUUAGACUGUUCUUGUAUUCAAUCCGAUUAAUUCUUUGGCACCGUUCUGGUUUUCUGAAUAAAGAUCUAAGAAAAGAGUUAAUCUUCUUGGUUCAAGCUUUAACUUAGUGUCGACUCUUUACUGUCAUUAUUUUUUAAUUUCAGAAAAUCGCAAGGUUUUAAACGACGUAGAAUUCUUUGACUUCAACGAAAAGAGAUGGCGCGCAAUCGCACCUAUGAUAAUUCCACGCAAGUACGCUGGUUGCGCAUUUCUAGAUGGUCAGCUGUAUGCCGUGGGAGGAGUGAACAGGGAGUACGCUGACCUAGUGACCGUGGAGAGUUACAACCCUUGUGCUGGCCAGUGGAAUUCUGUUGCUUCACUAAACAAAUGCAAAGGUGACUACCGUUCAUCAAGCUAAAAUAAGCUUUGUAAAAAAAGGCGAUAAGUAUACUCGCAGAAGAAAAACAAAAAAGCUAAAACAACAACAACCGCAAACCGCAUACAUUGUACACUCAACAUCGGGUAGAAGUCUUGAAGAGAAGUUCCGAAGCACCUAAUUAAGUCUUUACUCAUCUACAUUGCUCGGUCUCAUGAUGAAAGCUAAUAUUCUAUACUCGCUGACUUGCGAUAUAGGCAAUAUGUGCAGUUGUCGCAGAGCAACACCAGAGAAAGAGAUUGGGUGAGUCUCGGCUUGUCAAUUCCCCGGUGGGCGCUGACUCCAACAAAAUCUUUAUUGUUUACUGAGAAUGAUUAUAUUUAUUAUAUAUAUAUUACAUCCUUUACAGCUAUAGACGACUUCAAAUGGCAUUUUACUGUGCGUUAAUUAAUUACCAAAGAGGAUAGAUAUUUUUCAGUUUGUCAAAAGGUAGAAAAAGACAAGAAAUAAACAGGAAAUCAAAAUUGAGCGGAAAAUACUUUAUCACUUUCUUUGAACACAUAACGUAAAGAGGAUCAAUCGAUCAAGCACUCUACCAAGCAUAAUUUCAGGCCAUCUCUAACAAGUACUAAAACCGUGUCUGUUGUCUUUGUCACUUUUCGUAGGUGCUCUGGGGGUAUCAGUACUUGAGGGAUGGUUGUAUGCCGCCGGUGGAUCUCACAACGGAGCUGCGCUUAAAAGCGUUGAGCGUUAUGAUCCAAUCAAAAACGAGUGGACCCAAGUGGCAAACAUGCGCCUACCCAGAAGCCACUUUGGAAUGGCGUCUCUGCAAGGACGUCUCUUCGCUGUCGGUGGUUACUGCGGGAUCUCGGAGAUCGAGCACGUCGAGUGUUACGACCCCAUGACUAACAAGUGGGCCGAUAUGAGCAGCAUGAACAAGUCCCGCAUGAAUCACGCAGUGGUUACCUUUAGCGAUCGCAUCUACGUCAUCGGAGGCAGUAACAGUGUUGGUAUUCUGGACUCCAUUGAGAAGUACAAUCCUGAUUUGAAUCUUUGGUUGAUCAUCCGCAACACGAUGGAUCCUCGCAGUGGAGCAGCAGCGGCCGUGGUUUUGGGUGGGACUGAUGGAGGGCAGGAGUUGUUUAUCAUUGGCGGCCAUGACCAUCACAGCAGAGAUACAAACUCCGUUAAAAAACUUAAUUUGAAGUUUGCUGAUUACUCGUCAGCAACAGCACCGUGUAUGAAUCAUCCUCGAGUGUACGCUUCAGUUGCGUGUGCUUAGACUGCUGCAGCCCUAGGCAAAUGAUACGUUAGUCCCCCCCUCUCGCGCGCUCUCCACGCCACUAUCAGAUCGGAUACUAUGAACUUUGAAUAAGGUACUAAGAAAAUAACAUAUGUUCCUUUCAAGGUCAGUGUACCGUUUUUGGUGACAUCAUUUUUCUUCUCAGACCAGCCUGCAAAUAAGUAUCAAGUGCGGGUUUGUGGAAGGCGAGCCAUGGAAGCGAACCGCAACACUGUCUUUCAAUCGCUACUGAUUUGGACCCACAAAGAUUUUAGAAACCGCGGUCCAAAUUCGUUAGCAUAUCAGGGAUAACCUUGACUUAAAUCCGUUAGAGGUUUUGGAUUCUCCUGUCAAGAGUUUAAUAAUCGUAUAAUCUUCAGAGAAUCAUAUUGAAUAUCGUUUAGUCGUUUUAUCUGGUAAGGAUCAAACAUAAAACAUUUAUACAAAAAGGCAAACCAACAAUGCACCGCUUUUAAAAAAAAAAAGGCAGUAGCAUAAAAUAGCAGUAUAAAGUGCACCUUCUCUGGGUAUCAGAGGUUUUUUUCUUUAGGGGAGACGGAAUUGAGCCGCGAAGCCGCAAAAUAGUGUCGCGAAUACCUCAGAUAUCCAGGAUAAAGUGCACCUGACGCGAAAGCUGAUUUCGUUCUGUCAUUUUAUUGCCUGGCGAAAAGGCGCACAUUACGGGUCUAGUAAUUGUAGCCUGUUCCAGGCUCUCAGAUAGUGGGGAAGACGCGAAAGUGAAAGGCACACGAAAAGUUUCCCCCAGCGGUUUUAUUUUCGUGUUCGCGCUUUAACAAUUCAGUGGACCCGACUAUCUCCGAGCCUGGAACAGGCUCUAGUAACUGAGCAUCGAGACCUGAGGAAGUUUUUAUAGCAUGUACUAGUUAAUUGUUAUAAAAUUUUACACAAAUAUUUAUUAUCAACAGACGGUGUUAGACUUUUAUACCACAAAAAAACAAAGAUACAUAUUCUACUGAAGCAGCGUACCGUUUUAGCAAAGGUUAAAUAGGUUACCUUAUAAUGUAGACUACGAGUAGUCUAUCGUUUUCCUCAGUGAUAGUACAGCAAGCGAAAUACGAGAGUGCGCAUGCCAACCUCGUCCCAGGACAAGGUUUCACCCAUGAAAAGUACCAUCCGCCAGAAAGGUGACACGCGCCGGGACGAGAGGAAAUGCCGGAGAGACAAAGCGCCAGCCUUUGACCCUGUAUUUUAUGAUGUUCUUUCCUUUCCCGAGUCUCGGUUCUACUUGCGCGGUAUGUGAAUAGUCGCAUAAAGAAAGGAGGGACUACUCGUAGUCAACUGAAAAUGCCACAAUAAAAGUUCAGACACGCCUACUUUCUUUACCCCACACAUGGCUAAUGGAAUUAAAUGUUAAUACAUUAUGGUCAGGGAUAUCGAAGAAAAAGGUUAACGGUUCAAAAGGGCAUUAAUUUAAAGAUAUGCAUAACAUUCAGGCUCUUAAAUUAUCAAAAAGGAAUUAACUGUUACAUAUUAGGAUUGAAGAAAAUGUCGAGUAUCGUACCUACAGGGAGAGUUUAUGGUUUUAAAGGAUUUUGAUUUGAAGAGCCGUUUUGAAACAGAAAGGAAUAGAGGGUAUUUGAAGAAUACGUGCUACAUUACUGUUAAUAUUCAUUGUAAAAGAAAACGGUUUUCAUUCGUCAUUCUUUAUACAUAGUUUGGAAUAUCUAGGAAAAGUCAUUGUUAAGCUGUUACUGUUUUUAGAUUGAUCGUGAUGCCACAUAUAAUAGCACAGUAGUAAAAGACCACGCCGUUUUGUUGAAUUUACUUAAUUAAAAUAAAACUACACUUGUAAGUCGGUACACUCACGGCUCAAUGAUCAUUAAAGAGCAUUGG